AGCACGUCGGAGGCCUCUCUGGCCCUAUCCAGUCCCUGUUCUUGAUAGUCUUCCGGCAGAAGGGGAUCUCGGAGCCAGAGAGAUGUCGCGCGGAGCUAGGAAGACGUGUCGUGCGGUGACGCUCUGGCCCGACGCCGAAGGCCUCUCUGUGGCUCCCGGAGGACCUAGAGGGCCGAGUAUUGGAGGUUCAGCUUCUCCCUCUGCCCCCAGAUGGCCCUUCCCUGAACCCUACUCAGCCUCUGCCACCUGGAGGCUGCUUUUCCCAGCCGAGAGAUUCAAGUGGCCCAGCGGGUUCGGUUUGAGGGACGUGCAAGGCCAGGCCUGCACCAUGAGGCCUGACUCCUUGUCCAUACCACCUUCCCAUGGCCUCCGAUCCAGGGCCAGGGUCUUACUGAUGUGAUAACACAGCAGAGGGCCUGCAGAUGAAUGGACACCUUGAAGCAGAGGAGCAGCAGGACCAGAGGCCAGAGCAGGACCUGACCUGGAGCUGGGGCCACAGGCCUAGGAGCGCCCUGGACAGGGUCAAGGCCAUGGCCCCCCCACCGCCACUGCCAUUGACCCCCAGCACCCCACUCCUGCAUGGCGAGUUUGGCUCCUACCCAGCCCGAGGCCCACGCUUCGCCCUCACUCUCACACCACAAGCCCUGCACAUACAACGGCUGCGGCCAAAGCCUGAAGCCCGGCCCCGGGGUGGCCUGGUCCUGCUGGCUGAGGUCUCAGGCUGCUGCACCCUGCGGAGCCGAAGCCCCUCGGACUCAGCAGCCUACUUCUGCAUCUACACCUACCCGAGGGGCCGGCGGGGGGGCCGGCGCAGAGCUGCACGCACCUUCCGGGCCGACGGGGCGGCCACCUACGAGGAGAACCGUGCUGAGGCCCAGCGCUGGGCCACUGCCCUCACGUGUCUGCUCCGCGGACUGCCACUACCUGGGGACGGGGAAAUCGCCCCCGACCUUCUGCCAAGGCCUCCCCGAUUGCUCCUAUUGGUCAAUCCCUUUGGGGGGCGGGGCCUGGCCUGGCAGUGGUGUAAGAACCAUGUGCUGCCCAUGAUCUCUGAAGCGGGGCUGUCCUUCAACCUCAUCCAGACAGAACGACAUAACCAUGCCCGGGAGCUGGUCCAGGGGUUGAGCCUGAGCGAGUGGGAUGGCAUCGUCACCGUCUCCGGAGAUGGGCUGCUGUAUGAGGUACUGAAUGGACUCCUAGAACGCCCCGACUGGGAAGAGGCCGUGAAGACCCCCGUGGGCAUCCUCCCCUGUGGCUCGGGCAACGCACUGGCAGGAGCCGUGAACCAGCACGGGGGGUUUGAGCCGGCCCUGGGCAUUGACCUGCUGCUCAACUGCUCCUUGCUGCUCUGCCGGGGUGGCAGCCACCCGCUGGACCUGCUCUCCGUCACUCUGGCCUCCGGCUCCCGCUGUUUCUCCUUCCUGUCUGUGGCCUGGGGCUUUGUGUCAGAUGUGGACAUCCAGAGCGAGCGUUUCAGGGCCCUGGGCAGUGCUCGCUUCACGCUGGGCACGGUCCUGGGCCUCGCCACACUGCACACCUACCGCGGCCGCCUCUCCUACCUCCCUGCCACGGUGGAGCCCGCCUCACCCGCCCCUGCCCAUGGCCUGCCACGUGCCAAGUCAGAGCUGACCCUAGCCCCCGGCCCAGCUCCACCCGUGGCCCACUCACCCCUGCACCGCUCAGUGUCUGACCUGCCCCUGCCCCUGCCUCAGCCUGCCCUGACCUCCCCUGGCUCACCUGAACCCCUGCCCAUCCUGUCCCUCAACGGUGGGGGCCCAGAGCUGGCUGGGGACUGGGGUGGGGCCGGGGAUGCUCCACUGUCCCCAGACCCACUGCUGCCCUCGCCGCCUGGCUCCCCCAAGGCAGCUCAACUCUCACCCAUCACCGAGGGGGCCUCAGAAAUGCCAGCAUCUUCUGGGCUCCCACCUCCCACCCCUGAUGCCCGGGUAGCCAUCUCUGCUGGGGGCCCACCUGACCACCUGCUCCCUCCUCUAGGCGCUCCACUACCCCCAGGCUGGGUGACAAUGGAGGGGGACUUUGUGCUUAUUUUGGCCAUCUCACCCAGUCACCUGGGGGCUGACCUAGUGGCAGCGCCCCACGCGCGCUUUGACGACGGCCUGGUGCACCUGUGCUGGGUGCGCGGUGGCAUCUCACGGGCGGCGCUCCUGCGCCUGUUUCUGGCCAUGGAGCGCGGUAGCCACUUCAGCCUGGGCUGUCCGCAGCUGGGCUACGCUGCGGCUCGUGCCUUCCGCCUUGAGCCGCUCACGCCCCGCGGCGUGCUCACGGUGGACGGGGAGCAGGUGGAGUAUGGGCCAUUGCAGGCGCAGGUGCAUCCCGGCCUCGGUACUCUGCUCACGGGUCCUUCAGGCUGCCCUGGGCGGGAGCCUUAACUCCAACCAAGCUUGGAACUCGCCCGGAGCGGGGCUUACAUUCCUGAGGGGGCGGAGCCUGAGCUAGGGGUCGUGGUGUGGCUGCUAGAGUCAGGGCGGAGGCUACAGUGGUCCUGCCUGGUCUCAGGAUUGCGCCCUACCCUAGGGGACCAGAGGUGAUGCUGGAGGAUGUCCCGAAUUCCGGGGGUUGGGGUCCUGACGGUCAUGGAGAAAUGGGCUCGCCCCAAGGGUAGUGCCUGAUCAACGAGGGCGGGUUCUCCAGACCCUCGAGAACGGCUCGUAGAAAGCCAGGACGGCUGAGGGCGGAGCCUGUCUUAACGCGUAGUCCAGUGACGUGACCUGGAAUGUACGGGCUGGGGAGGCCUUAGAUAACCGGCCCCGUCUACUCCGGUGUCUCCACCAAGCUGGCCAAUCAGCCCAGGAGGGGCAAGUUCCCCGGGCGGCGCUCCGAUUUGCACUAAUGUCCCUCCCCCCGUGGGUGGGGGCGGGGAAGUUCGUUUCCUCCGUCUUCUGUGCGUCCCCCAGCCCCAAUCUUCAAAGCAAUUGAAAAGGUCUAUGCAAUAAAGGUAGUGGCUUCAUUCCUCUCA